CCCCUCCCUGUCCACCCGCUCGAGCCGACCCGCCCUCUCUCCUCUUUCCCUCACUUCCUCCUCGUCCUCGCCUCGCCACCUCAGUGCCUUCGAUCCCUCCUCUCCUUUCCGUCCAUCAUGCCUUCGAUCAAGUCCUGCCUCGCCGCGUUCGCCCUCGCGGCCCUCGCCAUCUCGCCCCUCGCUCAGGCCACGCCGGUCCAGGCCAACGACCUCGUCCGCCGCUCGUCGCAGCCGUCGUUCUACACCAACGAGGCGCUCGUCGAGCGCUCGACCGAGUCGCGCAAGGAGUCGUCGGCCCGCGUCAAGCGCGCCAAGCUCGCCGCCGCUAAGAAGGCCAAGCGCGCCAUGGCUGCUCAGGACGAGAGCCAGGCCCUCCUCAAGCGCCACAUCGACGAGAUGCACGCUCGCGAGGGCGUCACCAAGCGUGACCUCGAGCGCCGCGCCAUCUUCGCUCGCGCCCUCAAGCGCUACCGGUGCGGUACCGACCGUGUCUGCGCCAAGGCCGUCACCUCGGCGAGCGACCUUCCCUCGAACGGCCGCGCCGUCUGCAACCCGAUCUCUCACCUCUGCGCCGUCGGUUGCGCCGAGGGCUUCACCCUCCAGAACGGCGCCUGCAUCGCCAACGUCCCGACGUGCGGCGGCCAGGUCUGCGGCUCGACCCCGAACGGCAGCUUCAUCUGCCCGUCGAGCACCAACCAGUGCACCCUCAUCUGCGACCGCGCGUCGGGCUACAUGGCGACCGCCGACAACACGUGCAUCAGCAUCCGCUCGUCGCCCGACAACUGCGGCGCCGUCGGCAACGUCUGCCCGGGCUCGUACAACGGCGUCGGCUCGUCCUCGUGCCGCAACGGCGUCUGCCGCCUCAACUGCCCGAACGGCACUACGCUUCGUCGCACCCUCGACGGCUCUUCGCUCUACUGCUACGGCGCAUAAGCUCGAGGUCCUCCUCGCUCGCUGUAUCUGGGUACCCGGUCCACGUUCGCUCCCUCCCUCCCUCCCCUCACCCUCCCCGCCC